AUGGUGAGGGUAGUUCUGAAUAGAACUGUCCUUGACUAUAAAAACGACACGAAAGGAAGGUCCAAGUCUGAUCGCAAAUCACAUCGGUCGAGUAAAACCGGGAAGAGUUCCCGUACCAGUUCGAGUAGCGUAAGAGAGAAGCGAAGAUUGCUUGAAGAAGCACGGCUGAAGGUGGAAGCACUUGAACAAAGGCAGAGCCUGGAGCGUCGCUUGGAAGAGGAAGAAGCUGAGUUUCAGAAGAGAGAGCUUGAAAUCGCUAAGGAAAGGGAACGAAACAAGGCUGAGAUGGCAAGGAAAAUUGAAAGGAUGCAGGUGGAAAUGGAACUAAAGAAGGCUACUGUGGACCUCGAGAUUGAGAAAGAGGAAUUGCAGACCGAGCGCUCGGACGACGAAACUGUAAGUGAGAUAAUUCCACCAUUAAAUCCAGAGUUGAUCCCUCACACACCACUAAGGCCUUUCAGUUUACCACAAGACACACACCUUAUCCCGCAACCCCCAUCUGAUGUACAAGCAACCAGAACUAAGGCUUUGGAAGCUGAGCAUGAGGUGUCGUCGGUAUCGACGUUUUCUCAGAGUGACAUGGAUCCCCCAUACGUACCACUUCCCAACCCUGCUUCUCAGCCGAAAGAGACCAGGCAAAAGUCUUCAGUAAGAGUAGAUGUAGAUGAAUUCAAACCGUUUGUGACCAAGGAUGAGAAGAGUUCGCCCACCGAUAAAUUUAAAAGUGAGCUUCAAACCCCUCAGCCAAGUCACACUCAGCUUGAGCAAGUGUUGUUACAAACACUUCAGCACCUUACACAGCAACCAGCCAGCCAAGUGCCACACCCCCCGUCAGUAGAACUUGCAGAUAAAGCGCCAUGGCAAGCAAUCGCAGAGGCACUUAAACAAGGUCCCACUCUACCGAAAAUUGAGUUGAUGAAGUUUGGGGGAGACCCUUCCGAGUAUGGAGAAUUUGUUGCCAAUUUCUGCGACCACAUUGAGAGUCAGGUGCCCGAUGAUUCGCAAAGAUUGACCCGUCUACUCGCGCAGUGUGUUGGAAAGGCGCGAGAGGCUAUAAAAAGCUGCGUCAACCUUCCUACUGGUCAGAGGUAUGGUGAAGCGUGGAAAACUCUGUCAAAGAAUUUUGGACAGCCUCACAUGGUGGCUGAUGCACACAUGAAAAGGUUAAGAGAAUACAACCUUAGAAGAGUUGAUGCCGCAAGUCUGAUGGAUUUUGCGAGAAAACUUGAAGAUACCAAACGAGUGUUAACGAGUAUGGGACCACUUUACGUAAGCCGCCUCGACAAUGAAGAUACGAUUCUUAUGCUGAUGAAAAAGUUACCUGAUGAGGGCUUGAAGCGGAAAUGGACAGACGUUGCUGGAGACCUAAUUUGUUCUAAGGGACAAGUUUACUUUUCUGAUUUUGUGAAUUUCAUACAGAAACGAGCAGAUCGCUUAAACAACCGUUUUGGCCAGGAACUGAAGUCGUCACUGCCUCAGCAUGAAAAGGAAAGAAGACAUGGAAACAAAGACAAACAAGAUCUGCCAUUUAAGGCUACAACCCUAGCUACCCAGAGCAGAGGAAACAGAAGGUCUGCUGGUACUGGCUUAGCCACCUUGAAGUGUUAUCAAUGUUCCGGACCGCAUGCAAUUUGGCAGUGUGAGACCUUUAAGAAUGCAUCUUACGAAGAUCGGUCGCGAACUGUACGACAGAAGAAGCUGUGUGGAAGUUGCCUUUCGUAUGGACACUUCUCAAGAUCUUGUUCGAAGGGAUUUUCUUGUCGGAAAUCGGGUUGUGGAAAGAAGCACCAUUUCCUUCUUCACCCGCCAGACCGCGAAGAGACUGACGACCGUGUAGUAGAACAAGAAAGUGCAAAUCAGCAACCAGUCAUUCGUGGCCAAAGUUCAGUUGGUAGAACAGCUGCGACACUCACUGAAUCCAACCAUCCCCCGGUUAUCGAAUCCAGUACCUUUGCCGUAUCCAGAGAUUCUGCUCCAAGGGAAGCCUCAACCAGCAGUCGACCGAGGGUCUGCUUCAAGGUCGUCCCAGUAAGAGUCAGUGGGCCAGGUGGGAACAAGCAGCUAACAACAUACGCCUUCCUAGACAGCGGAUCAGACACUACACUCUGCUUAGAAAGUCUUGUAGAAGAAUUAAGCCUUGAACGUGAGCCUACUGAUUUUACCCUUUCAACAGUCAAUUAUGAAGGGAAGGAACGUGGUCACCAAGCCCGCUUGGAUAUAGAAGCACUUGACGGGAAAACGAAGUUCACACUCGAUCGGGUUCUGACAAUGGAGAGCCUACCCAUUGGAGAGAGACAUUUCGCCAACAAUAGAGAAUUGACAAAAUGGCCACACCUUGAUGGCGUCAGUCUUCCCGAAAUAGAAGGGCAUCGAGUCUCCAUCCUUAUUGGCAGCGACCGACCGGAUAUUAUCGAUGAUAAUUCUGAAAUCAGAAGAGGAGCUCGGGGCCAGCCCUAUGCCGUAAAUACUCCCUUAGGUUGGACGGUGUAUGGCCCAAUGGGUGAACCCAACAGCAAUGGCAUCCAUGUCAAUUUCGUAAGGAGUGAUCAUGAAGAGAUGUUAAGUCAGCAAUUGGAACGUUUGUACAAUACCGAGUUCAAAGAUACCCUUGUGGAUGUUGAAGAGAGUUUGUCGUUGGAAGACCAAAGAGCGAAGCAGAUUAUGGAUCAAUCAGCGGUCCUUGUUAAUGGACAUUAUCAGCUCAAGCUGCCAUUCCGGCAUAGUCCUCCCUGCUUACCUGAUAGUCUACCAGUGGCAAAGAAGAGAUUGUAUUGGCUGAAAAAGAGAAUGGAAAGAGACCCUGAGUUCCACAAGCAAUAUGCAAGCGUUAUCCAGAAAUACCAAGAAGAAGGAUCUUCACGUCAAGUCCCUGAUGAAGAA